GGGGCAAAAGCGUAAGUAGCACAAAACCCGAGACUUGGGUAUAAAUGAAAUCAUCUUUGGGUUAAACCACGAGUUGACUCAGUUUCACACCAUAUAUAAGAGAAUAGUGGACAUUCCAAACGUCAGCCUCUUCACUUUCCUCUUCUUCUCCUUCUUCUCUUUCAUGGCAUUUGACGAGAGCUUGUUGAUUAUUUCUUCUUCCCCGGUCCUGGAAGAUGAUGUUGGAUUCCACCAGAUCCGGAAUUCUCUGUCGAGACUGUCUAUUUGCUGCACAAGCUCCGUUCAUGACGUAGGCGAAGACGAAGCCACGAAAAAUCAGCCGGAGUUGGGCGUUUCCACGUCGGAGACUUUCGACGGAGCAGAAGCUGACGGAGAAUUCUCCGAUGAUGGAGGAGGAGGAAAGGAGAACGUUCGCGAGUGGGAUUCCGACAAAGAAACACCUGAGUUUUACUCCCUUCCGGUGACUCCAUCUCGCCGGAGAAGAAAAUUUCAAGUUUCCGGCGAGUUAGUUGCAAAUGAGAGUAACAGAGAUGGUAGUAGGUGUAGUUUACGGAGGCAGAGGAGGGUACUUAGGGAAAAGAAGAAAAAGGUAAUUAAUGGGUUUAACGGAGAAAGUGACGGCGGUGGAAGAGAGGGAUUAACGGUGUUAACGAGGGCGAAAGGAGGAGAGAAGUCGUUGAGGAUGGGAUUAGAAGAAGUGAAGGCUUGUAGAGAUCUCGGGUUCGACUUGGAGGUUCCGGGUCGGAUCUCUGUGUCAACCGGGUCGAAUUUCGAUACGCAGACCAGUAGUGGCGGCAACUCGCCGAUCGCCACCUGGCGCAUCUCCAGUCCCGGUGAUGAUCCAAAGGAGGUUAAGGCGAGAUUGAAGGUGUGGGCACAAGCGGUAGCUUUAGCUUCUUCGUCACGUCAAGCUUAGCUUCUCAAUAUCUUCUUCUCUGUUUUAGGUUUUACUACCAUCCUCUUACUUUUUUGUUAAGUAAUAGAUUUUUUAAGGGUUUUUGAUGUUUUUUUUGUUGUUGUUUCGUUCUGCUUCAUGGGUAAUGAGAGAUGUACGAGUUUGGACUCGGAUUUAGGUCGUUUUCUGUGUUUGUAAAUACGGUAAUGGUAGUUGUUUCAUGGAUGAUGAUGGAAAUUACAUAAGCUUCUUAGUGAGAGGCGUGAGAGCCAUUCACGUGAAUUAAUAAUAUCGCAAUUUUGAUUGAUU